UAUCAGUAGUGAAGAGAAUUAGUGCGGUUUGGUUGAUCGGUGUUGUUUAGAGUCCACUUUCGUUAUGUCGGAACGUUUACAGCGAGCGUCUUCACCGCGUGAGGAGGGCGAGCUGGAGGAUGGAGAACUUAGUGACGACAGCGUAAAAGCUGAUAGCCCGAAACCCGUCCGACACAGGCCGGUUAACCAUGACUCCCAAUACCGGCACCGCCCGGUAUGGCCACCCCCAAUGCCUCACGGGUAUCGACAUAAGGAUUAUAGGCAACCGCUUCGCAUGCAGCAACAAAUGCAAGCAGUAGAUAACAACCAAAGGUCGUCAUUCUGGGAGAGAAGCCAUAGUACACUGGGCCGGUUUCGCUCUAGAGGCCGGGUGGGCCGUGGUGGAGGAGGACGAAUCUGGGACCGGAGCUGUGGAGAUCGUGGAGUGAAACCGAGUAGUCAGAGGUCGUGGGGGGAGCCCUCCCCGAGGAAACCUAAAACCUUUGGAAGGUCUAAAUUUGGUCAUUCUCAGAGGAAUGAGAACUGUGAGGAAGAGAGCUUUGAAGAUUUGCUUUUAAAAUACAAACAAAUAAAACUUGAACUUGAGACCAUUAACAAAGAUGAGAAGCUAGCUCUGAGUUUAAAGGAUGACAAUGUGAAAGAGGACAGUCCUGUGGCAGUACCAGUGGAACCUCAAGCUAAAGAACACAAAAGUAUUAUUGCUGAUAGGGUAAAGACAUUGCCCGCAGAGGAGAAGCCGGUUGUGAAAGCAUUUCAGGCUUUUGAGCUUAAACCUCUUAGGCAGAAAUUAAAAUGUGUUGGUGAGAAAAAGAAACAAAAUGUUGAAGAGUCAAUUCAAAUUAAUGAAACCAAUAAAGCUGCAAAAUCCAUCCAAGGGCCUGCUAACUUGGAAGAAACGGUUUCUGGUGAUAAUAAUACAAAUGAAAUCAAUAAGAACAGCAGUACUACAGAUGAAUCCAGUAAGAAUAGUGAUGCCACAAAUGAAGCCGAUAAGAAUAACACUACAGAUGAUAGCAAUAAGAAUAGUAAUACCCCGGAUGAAAAUAAUAAGAUUCUGGUCGAAGAGGAGGAGGAUUUGUCAGAACUUCAUUUACGACUUUUAGCACUUCAGUCUGCAAGUAAAAAAUGGCAGCAAAAAGAACAACUUGUCAUGAAAGAGAGCAAGGAGAAACUAACAAAGCCCAAUACAGAGUCUCCAAAAGAGAAAGCAAACGCGCAUUCCCAUCUGACAAAAAAAAGCAACAAUCCCGCUUAUGCAGCAAAACAAGCACUUAGAAGGCAGCAAACCAAAGCUUGGAAAAAACUGCAGCAACAAAAAGCUGAAGAAAAACGCAGAAAAGAGGAGGAGGAAGAAAAGCAGAAACAAGCAGAAGAAGAGAAGAAAAAAAGAGAAGAGGAAAUUAGGAAAAUUCGAGACCUCUCAAACCAAGAAGAGCAGUAUAAUAGAUUUAUGAAACUUGUAGGGGAUAAGGCCACCAAUAAGCAACGAAGCAAGUCUUUAGAUACUGAUCUUCGACGUUCUGAUAAGCAGUGUGUAGAGAGUGCAGGUGGUAUUUACCAGUAUGAUAACUAUGAAGAAGUUGCCAUGGAUACUGACAGUGAAACAAACUCGCCAGGGGCGUCACCUGCACAGCUACCUUAUUCCAGUGAUUCUUCGGUUCCUUCAGUUUUGUGUGUAACUGACCAAUUCCAUUCUGAAACAUGGCUUUCUCAUUCAGGGAUCACUUUAUAUGAAAAUAUCCUAUCUUGUGGUACUCCUGAUACACCUCUCCCACCUCCCCCACUCCCACCAGAAGAACCAGAACAGCCCCCUAAACCUCCCUUUGCAGAUGAAGAGGAGGAAGAAGAAAUGCUCCUACGUGAAGAGCUACUGAAAUCUUUAGCGACUAAAAGGACAAGCAAACCAGAGGCUCAUACUAUGAAUAGCCAGCCUGCUUCACCAGUUAACCCUAUUAUGCCUGUGCCAAGGAUCACAUUGACAUCUACCAAUGUUAAUUGCACUUAUCGUAAAACUCAAUUAGGUCGGAGACCUCUAACCAUCAGACGUGUAAUAAAGCUUCCAAGACACAAGUCUGUAGUUGUAACUUUGAAUGCUUCUGAUGACAGUGAUUCAGAUGGAGAACCACCCAGUACAAACAAUGUUUUUGGAGGACUUGAGUCGAUGAUCAAAGAAGCAAGAAGAACUGCAGAGGCAUCGAAACCGAAAGGACCUAAUUCUGAAAAAGAGAAUGAUCCUAUGAGGACCCCAGAGGCGCUACCGGAUGAUAAGAAGAUUGAAUACAGGCUGCUCAAAGAAGAAAUAGCCAGGUAUCGGGAGAAGCAAAAGCUUUUAAAAUCUGACCAGUCGAGAAUAAGUGCAUCUCCAACAAACUCUGACAUAGAGUUAGAAAGUGUCAAAUGUCCAGUUGUGACUACAAAUGUGACAGAUGCUGAAGCAAAGCAUAUGAAGCAAACAAUGUUACUUGUAAAGGACGAGACAAUCUUGAAACAUCUUCUGCAACAAGAAGCAAAGAAAAAAGAAUCCAUCAAAACAGCGGAGCUGAAACUUGCCAGACUCUCAGAGCAGCUGCAAGCAACUGAAAAAUUACUCAGUGCAAAUAAAGGGUUUCUAAAGAAGCUGCAGGAACAGAUUACCAAAGUUGAACAUAGAGUACAGGAAAAAAGAAAGCUUACACUAAAAUAUGGUGAAGAAUUUGCUCGUGCCAAAGCAUUGGCUAGUCGAGAACUUGGAAAACGAAAGCUGGAUGACAACAGUGUUAUUGCAACUAAAAUACUGAAACAGGACCAGCGUGUAAAGGGAAACCUUAAAAGACACUCAGCAGAGGCCAUUGCUAUGGAAAAAAAACGGCUUCAGCAGCUGGAGAAGGAGUAUGCCCUUAAAAUACAAAAGUUAAAAGAAAUGCAUGCUCGAAAAGUCAAAGAGCAACCUUCCCCUCCUGUGGUGGAACAACCUGAAUUUUCACUGCCGCAACCAUCCCUUCAUGACCUUUCUCAGGAUAAAAUCACUUUAGAUAUUGAAGAAAAUGACAUUGAGGAUGAAGUAUUAUCUACUUCAGUCAAAGAACGGAGACGAUCAUUUCGCGAAUCCAGCUCUUUUACAAAGCCUAACCUAAAACCCACUGAAACAACUCCCAAUAAAGAGAAUACCAGCAAACCUACCAUGACGGAGGCAGAAGGACCAGAACUUUUCUUGGGGUUAAAUGUAGAAGAAUUAAGAAGACUUUAUUCCCAUACCGAUAAUUUAAAAGAACUGGUUUCCAGUGGUGCCAGCCUUUUACUACCACAUGAUAAAAUUUCAUCAGGAAAAGAAUUACCUGUUGAUGUGGAUUUGGUGACCUCGCAAACUAAACCAGUUGAAAAUAAGCCAAUGCCAUUUGGUCCAUAUCGAAGUCCACUUCUUGUAUUUAAAUCUUAUAGAUUUAGUCCCUAUUUUCGAACAAAAGAAAAGCUGCUACUCAGUUCAGUGUCUUACAGUAAUAUGAUUGAGCCAAAAACAUUUUUUUGUCGUUUUGAUCUGACUGGCACAUGUAAUGACGAUGACUGCCCAUGGCAGCAUAUGCGGGAUUGCACUCUGAGCAGGAAUCAGCUGUUUCAAGAUAUCCUGUCAUAUAAUUUGGACCUGAUUGGCUGUUCUGAAAAAAGCACAGAUGAGGAAAUAAGUGCCGCAGCAGAAAGAUAUGUUGACAAGCUGUUUGGUGUCAAUCGGGAUCGCAUGUCUAUGGACCAGAUGGCAGUUCUGCUUGUUAGCUAUGUCAACGAAAGCAGAAAGCACACACCUCCUCACACUACCUGUAAAGAAAAAAGAAAAUGGAGGCCAGUUUAUUGGAAAAAGCCAAUGUCAGACAGUAGUAGUAGUGAUGAAGAGGAAACCUCAAAAAUGAUCAACUCUAAACCUAAAGCAAAAUUACUUACCCAAGAUGCGGUCGUCACCCCUGACGAUAUAAGAUAUUUCACAAAUGAAACUGAUGACAUUUCUAACCUGGAAGCAAGUGUGCUUGAAAAUCCACAAGAUAUACAGCUUUGGGUCAAGUUAACGUACAAGUACUUGAAUCAGAAUGAGGGUACAUCUACUGAGUGCUUAGAUUCAUCUUUAAAUGUUUUAUCCCGAGCACUGGAACAUAACAGGGAGAACCCAGAGAUUUGGAGUCAUUACCUCAAACUCUUUUCUAAACGAGGAUCUGGUGAAGAAGUUCAAGAGAUGUGUGAGAUGGCUGUAGAAUAUGCUCCUUCAUAUCAAAUUUGGUGGACUUUUCUCAGUUUGGAAAAAUCAUUUGAUGGCAAGGACUCUGUGUGCAACAGAACGCUGAUGUAUCUUAUGAAUAGUUUAGAAGAUGACCAAAAAUCCGAAGUACUUUCGCUUCAGCUUCUUGAGAUCUUACUUUACAGAGUACACUUGAGUUUGUUCACUGGAAGACUGCAAAAUGCUCUUGCUCUGUUACAGAAUGCUUUAAAAUCCCCAACUGAGAAGAGCAUAGGAGAUUACCUUUCUCCUCAGGACCGCUGCUUAGCAUGGCUUUCAUAUAUUCAUCUCAUGGAAUUCAGUAGCUUACCAGCUCAAUUCUAUGAUCCAACAAAUGCAAAUCCUGCAAGGAUAGUCAACAAAGAACCUUUUCUGUUAUCUUGGCUUGAUUCCCAAAGUAUAACAACUGAUCCUGCCAUGCUGCUUGCAGUCUUUGAAGUUGCAAUAUCAUCCUGCACAGAAGAAAACAUGAAUGCCAACGAAAAAGCACAAGUUUGUUUUCCUCUUUACAAGAAUAUGAUAGCUUUACAAAUUCUGCUUAACCGAUAUGAAGCAGUGAUAGCGCUUUGUAAGCAACUACUGGAGUCGUUUUGCUGUAAUGUUGAGAUAAUAGAAGCCUUCAGCUCUGUUUAUCUGAAGAUGGACCAGCCUGAAAGUGCCAUAAAUGUCUGGCUUUCAGCAGCUCAGAAGAAUGUUGGCAGUGCCCAGAUUUUGUAUUAUGUCUGCAAGUUCCUAUGUGUCCAGGGCCAUUUAGAUUGCAUUCCCACUUUAAUAGAUGAAUUUGUAGCAUUCUUCUUUGAUGAUCUUAAUAAGGAACAUAAACCCAUAGACCUUCUGAGGCAUCUUUUAAACUUCUCAAUACCAUUGAAUUGUAAAGCACCUACAGUUAAAGCAGAUGUGUCUCUUGAAGAUUUAAGUGUGCCAACACCCUACCUCUGGCUGCUAUACUGUCUGUGGCAUUCUGUUUACUCAAGCUGUGGAGAAGCUGCUGACGCAUAUGAAGCAGCUUUAGGAGCUGUAAUGCAACAAGAUGUUCUCCAAAAGCUCUGGAUGGAUUAUCUUAUCUUUACUAACAGCAUGGUCGUGAGAUCCAAAAAUAAAGUUCAAGAAAUUAAACGUUUUGCGGAUUUGGUUAACAGAUGUCUCAUGACGGUUCCUUCACGAUAUCCCACUCCUUUUAGCACUGACUUCUGGACCAACUAUGAAUUUCACAAUUCGGUUAUAUAUUUUUAUCUGAGUUGUGUUCCAAAGGCCCAGCAUUCCAAAAUAUUGGAGCGCUUUUCUUCCAUGAUGCCUACAAAUCUUGGUCUUGCACUCAGGGUACUUAAACAAGAACUGGAAGAGAAUAAUCUUCAACUUGUGAAAAUGCAAUCCAAGAUGUUUACGUAUAACUUCUCAAUGUGCCUGCCCAUCUGGAAAAUAGCCAUUUCUGUGGAAGCAUCAUUAAAGGGACACAGAGAGGUCCAUCAUUUAUAUCAACGAGCCCUUCAGAAGUUGCCACUGUGCGCUGAACUCUGGAAAGAUCAACUCUUGUUUGAAGCAUCAGGAGGAGGUAAAACUGAUAACCUGAGAAAACUAGUUUCCAAGUGCCGAGAGGUUGGAGUCAGCCUAGAUGAGCUCUUAAAUUUAAACACAGAAAGCAGAAAUCACUGAACACUGGGUGCAGUCAGACUAAAGUUCUAGUAUUUGCCAAAAUUAUCAAGAUUAGUCUGAUUCCAUCAUUUAAAUCAAAAUUUAAACUAUGCUUUCUGUAACAUGGGAAACAAUAUACACUGCCCUUUUCUGACUGGAGAUAUGAAUUCCAAAUACUGGCCUGCUUCAAGGCCCAGCAAGGUUCUCUUUACAUCAUAUACGUAAGUAUAGUUCAUCAAAGUGACUGAUGUUUUAUUGUUUUUGUCUGUGUUAUUCUCCUUCCCUACCCCAUAAAUUUAUUUUACUAUCCUCUUUUGUUGUGCUGUUCUAACUUGCUUGACUCUCUCACUGAUGCCUGUGAGACUUUAAGUGGGGUAGGUUUUGGAUUUAAUAUUUACAGUACAAAAUCAGUCUCUGGUUCAAAAUGGCCACAAUUUUGUGGGGAGGAGGGUUUGGAAUUUGUUUAAGGUUAAAUUAAAAUAAAAGCAGCAGGUCUUCAGCAAAGCUUAUCUGCUGAGACCAUCAGCCUGCAAAGAGGGCUUUUUUUCUUCUCUUUUUUUUUUUUUUUUUUCCUUUUAUUUAUUUUUCCUCAGUUCUUCAUAUUGGACUCUCAGCUGAGACUGUUAAACUUGAAGACAAAAGAUUCUAUUGCAAAUGCCAGUGCAUCAGAACCGAAGAGUGGUCAAAUAUGUGCAAUUUUUCUUUGUAAAGAAGUUUAAUUUAUAAUAAAGUUUAACAGUUUAAAGUACAUUAAAUAUAAAUAUAUAUAUAAUUAAAAUGUUUUGUAUUCUAUAAUACUACCAUGUGUAGUAUUAAAAUUGUUUAUAUGAUGCUUUUUUUAAAUAUAAAUACGUUUUUUUUAAAGAAA